AUGGCCUUCCCAGACACCCCAGAGAAACAUGCCCAGCCCCAGCUGCUCUCCCUGCAUCAGAGGCUGCUGGCUGUUGAGGAGAGAGGGGCUCAGGUAUCCAGGGAGCUGAGCUGGCUCUCACAGCGACUCACACAGCUCACCUGGGAGCUAAGGAACUCCUCCACCAACUCCACAGAUGGGUCCAGACAGACGCGUGUUGGUGCCAUGUCUCCACUCUGCUGGCCCAGUGCGUUCUCCUACCUGCCUCACCUGCGGGAACAUCCAGACAGCCUCACCCCCCAUGUGCUUUUGGGACAGGGCCGAACAGGAGUGUCUCUAGUGCUUGGCAUUCCCACAGUCAGACGGGAGAAGCAGAGUUACCUGAUCAGCACGCUGGGCUCUCUGUUCUAUGACCUGCCCUCAGAUGAGCGUGACGACAUCCUUGUCAUCAUCCUGGUUGCUGAGGCAGAUCCCGCCUAUGUAGACGCUGUAAUAGAAGAUAUCAAAAAAAAUUUCCCCAGUGAGCUGCAAUCUGGGCUUCUGGAGGUCAUCUCCCCUUCCCCAUAUUUCUACCCCAACUUUAGCCGCCUGAAAGAGACGUUUGGGGACACCAAGGAGAGAGUAAUGUGGCGAACAAAACAGAAUUUGGACUACAGUUUUCUGAUGCUCUACUCUCAGCAGAAAGGCUCCUAUUAUGUGCAGUUGGAAGAUGACAUUGUGGCGAAACCUGGCUAUUCACAAACCAUGAAGACAUUUGUAAGUCAGCAGUCCUCAGAGGAAUGGUUGAUUUUAGAGUUUUCUCAGCUUGGAUUUAUUGGUAAAAUGUUCCGGAUGUCAGAUCUGCCAAUGCUUGUGGAGUUCUUCCUGAUGUUUUACAAAGACAAGCCAAUUGACUGGCUCUUGGACCAUAUCCUGUGGGUGAAAGUCUGCCAUCCAGAGAAAGAUGCAAAACACUGCAGCAGACAGAAAGACAAUCUGAAGCGGCGCUACAAACCCUCACUCUUUCAGCACGUGGGGCUCCAUUCUUCACUGCGGGGAAAAAUACAGAAUCUGAAAGACAAGGACUUUGGGACCCAGACCCUCUACAAGGGACACUCCAACCCCCCAGCAGUUCUCACCAGCAGCCUGUCGGCCUAUCAGAGCCACACACUCAUGCGGGCCUAUCAGGGAGAGGACUUCUUCUGGGCACUGACGCCGUCAGCUGGGGACUUCAUCCAGAUCAGCUUCCUUCAGGAACAGACAGUGAAGGGGUACCUCUUCAGGAGUGGAAACAUUGAGACGAAUGGAGACAAGUUUUACAACACCACCGUGGAAGUACUUCCCACCAACAGUUCAUUCCUGGACAGCAUGGAAAGUGGAAAGAUCCCAAAAUAUAAGCAAUCCAAGGAUGGCUUUAUCGUAAUAGGUGCCUUUGCCAAUGGGGUGGCAGAGGGCGCUGUAGAACCGGAGUUGCAGAAGAUCUCGGCCAUUCGGCUUGUGGUUAAUGCCGACUCCGAUGUCUGGGCGCUGCUGAGCGAGAUUUUUAUCAAGGUUUGA